ACCUAUCACAACCGUACUUCACCGCUUCCAACAAGAAAUGCCACUCCUUCACGAACAUGGCGUUUCACUAGUGGACUGUACACGGGCUUUUCGAGAUCAAAUUGAGGUUUAAACGGUGUGACGAGAGACAGACCUCGUUGCAACCUGAACAUCUACCCAGCCAUUCGUGACUACAGUAACUAGCCUCCUCAAAAACGACAUCUCCCAGUGUACCCUGCAGUGAGUCCAUGUGGGCGUGCGUGGUCAUCCCCUCAGACUGGCAGAGCAGGCUCACAUAGCAGGGCCAGUGGGUGACAUUGUCCUCCAGCCAACGUUGGGGAUUGAGGGGAGAGCCGAAGUUGGGGAUCAAGGGGACAUUCGGAGGGUGAAGGCGCUGCCUAUGCUCGUCUGGUGUGUGUGUGAGACUCGGAGCAUGGUGAGAGGCUGCGCUGGUUGCCAUGGAGCUACAGGAUAAGAAGCAGGAGGAGGGGGGAGCGGGGACCCUGGGCUUGUCCACUGGUCAGGCUCUGGGAACACUGAGGGACCAGCUCACCGCCCUGCUUGACCAGCACCAGACCACAGGCCGUGGCAAACAACCCACUGCACAGGAGCAGUGGGUGAAAAGCUUCCUUCACCAUGGCAACCGCCACUCCUGUCUCCAUUGGCCGGGAGCCGCCCUCACACUGCUGGUGGUGGUGGGACUUCUCUGUUGUUAUGGCGACCAGCCGCAUGGCAGUUCUGGGAUAGAGUUGGUGAACGCUGCAGCCCUCCUCAUGCUCUUCACGCUGAGCUUCAUGCUGAUUGGUCGACAGCAGAGGCUGAGGAGAACUGAGAUGGUGCACCGGCUCAACAGCAUCAUCAAUCAGCUCAACGGCUACCUGUCGGGCUGGGCAGAUUUGGGUGAGGGGAUGAGGUGGUCUCCCUCCCUUUACCCUGACCUGUACACCCCCUCCUCCCCUUCCUGGUCGCUCCACUGGACCUACCGCGACUCCAACCUGGUCAACCUGCCUGUGUCCCUACUGGUGGAGGGAGAUGUCAUAGCACUACGGCCAGGACAGGAGACAUUCUCUUCUCUCAGAGGCAUCAAUGAUGACGAUCAUAUAGUUCUGGAGCCAGGGGACAUGUUCCCACCUCGUUCCCCCCCUCCCUCCCCCCGGGGGGACCAGAAGAGGGGUCCCCAGAGCCCCCAGCAGCACCGCCUCUUCAGGGUGGUCCGCACGCCCAUCCUCGACAGCGUCAGGAACAGUCUGGACCUGGCUCUGUCUCGACCAAUCACAGCCCUGGAUAACGAGAGGUUCACCGUUCAGUCCAUCAUGGCCAAGUUCGCCUGCCCUAUUGUACUGAUGACGUUCUUGGUUGUGAAUACAGUGCGUUAUUUCUUUGACGCCCCAAGCCUCACUCCUGGACGCUUCAACUUCAUCCAGCUGCAGCUGAUGGGAGUGCUGCCCAUCCUUCCCUUGCUGUUUCCUGUCAUGUGGGUGCUGGUCAACACCUAUGGCGAGGCUAGUGUCCUGGCUGAGUCCAGCAGAGCUUCUCCUACUGGCCUGCUUGCUAAGUUCUCCGAGGACACUUUAAGCAGCUACACUGAAGUGGUGUCCUCCCAGGAGAUGCUGCGGUGUGUGUGGAGACACCUGCUGGGCGUGCUGAAGGGAGAAUCACAGACACUCUGCUAUACUUCCAGCCUGCUACACACACUUGGCUCUGUCACUGUGUUGUGUUGUGUGGAUAAACGGGGUGUAUUAUCCUGGCCUAACCCCAGUCCAGAGACGGUGCUGUUCUUUAGUGGUCGCGUAGAGCCGCCUCACAACGACAGUCAAGAAGACCUGCAAGACGACCUCUCUGACAACUCCGAGGACCGGGACGAGACACUGGAGGGGGAGGCUCUGCUGUGUAUGCCAAUGAUGGAUGGGUAUGAGCCCAGCGAGACGUCACAUGACACUGGCUGUUCGCAAGCACGGGAGACACACACACGCACCAAACACCCCUCAGGAUCUAAUGUCAGCUUCAGCCACGACACUGAUGGAGGGGAUCAGGGCCCUGAACAGGAUAUGUCAGGUUGCUAUGACAACGAAGCGGAGGACUACGUGUGUGAUUACCACCUGGAGAUGUUGAGUCUGUCUCAGGACCAGCAGAACCCGGUGAGUAUCCAGUUUGACGAGCAGGGCUGGCAGUGCCACCUGCCCAGCCUCAAGCCCCUGGGCCUCAACAUCCUGCUCAACCUGUGCAACGCCAGCGUCACCCAGCAGCUCUGCCGCUUCUCCGACCACCUCAGUAACCUGGCGCUGCAGGAGAGCCACGGGGCCGUGCUGCCCGUCCACGUGCCCUGGGGACUGUGUGAGCUCUCCAGGCUUAUAGGGUUCACUCCCGGGGCGAGGGAGCUGUUUAAACAGGAGAACCACCUCGCUCUGUACCAGCUGCCCUGUGGGGAGAAGGCCAAGGAGUCUGUCCCUCGACGCCAACAGAACUUUACCAAGAGACAACCUCCCAUCAGCCACCUCAUCUCCCUCUUCAUCAGAGACUCCUCUUCCAAUAACGUCCAGAUGUUGUCUCACGGCUCAGCUGACCUCAUCCUGGAGGCCUGCACUGACGUCUGGGACGGAACCGAUAUCUACCCCCUCUCUGGCUCUGACAGGAAGAAGGUUCUGGACUUCUACCAACGGGCCUGUCUGUCGGGAUACUGCUCUGCUUUUGCCUACAAGCCCAUGCAGGUGUCUCUGUCCAACCAACUCAAUGGGAAAUGUGUGGAGCUAGCCCCCGGACCCAACCUCUUCUCUGGGGUAGAACUGCCCUCCACCACCCCUAUCAAACAUGUCUCCCGCAGGAACUCCUGGAGCUCUGAUGAGGGUAUAGGAGGUGUGGAGAAGGACGACUGUGUUCAGGCUCUGAGUGGUCAGAUCUUCAUGGGGAUGGUGUCAUCACAGUUCCAGGCUCGUCUGGACACCGUCAGGCUCAUAGACGCUCUGGUCACCGCCUGCAUACGCUUCGUCUACUUCUCUAUGGAGGACGAACUACGCAGCAAGGUGUUUGCAGAGAAGAUGGGCCUGGAGACAGGGUGGAACUGUCACAUCUCUCUGACCCCAAACAGAGACAGUCCCUGUGACGGCGCCCCCAACAGCCCUGGCCAGUACUCCGUACACGAUGAACAUCAAGACUCCAGAGAUGGGGCAGAGGGGCUGCUGUUACCAGAGGAGGAGACCACUGAUGUCCCCAGCUUCCUGGAGGACUGCAACCGGGCGAAGCUACCUCGUGGUAUCCACCAGGUUCGUCCUCACCUGAAGAACAUUGACAACGUGCCUCUGUUGGUGCCCCUCUUCACCGACUGUACCCCAGAGACCAUGUGUGAGAUGAUCAAGAUCAUGCAGGAGAACAGAGAAGUGACGUGCUGCCUGGGGAGCUCUGCUAACUUCCGCAACAGCUGCCUCUUUCUACAGAGUGACCUCAGCAUCGCCCUGGACCCCCUGUAUCCGUCGCGGUGUUCGUGGGAGACGUUUGGCUACGCUACAGGGGCAGGGCUGAACGGGGAGGUGGAGGGUCUGUCUCCUCUCAGUCUGUCUGGUCAACUCAACACCUUGGCCUGUUCUGUCACCUUCCACCAGGGGGAGUCGGUCAGCAUGGUCAAACUCAUAGAACAGGCACGUCACACCACCUACAGCAUCCGUAAGAGUUUCCUGUUCCUGCUGCAGUGUCAGCUGACCCUGGUCCUCAUCCAGUUUCUGGCCUGCCUCGCCCAGCUCCCUCCUCCCAUGAACAUCACUGACAUCCUGUGGCUUUCCUGCUUCAGCUGUCCACUGCUCAGUGUGUCAUUCUUAGGAAAGCCACCAGACAGCUCUGUGAUGAAUGUAGCCACAGGGAAGAACCAAGAUGCCAUCCCCAGAAAGACGCAGACCUACUUCCUGGGUUGUUUCCUGCUGAAGUUUGGCCUGACCGUGUGUGCCUACCUGCUAGGCUUUGGCUUCACGCUGCACGAGGUCUGCCUGAGGACCAACAACCUGACACUGGCCGAUAACACCACCAUCAACUGUACUGAUAUCCUCAGGGUCAGUUCAGCUCGGGACGCUCCCCAUUGGUUCAGAGAGCUGUCCAACGGCCUGCUGCUCACUCAGAAGGUCAUGGCUGGGUUCCUGGCCCUGCACACCGUGGUCAUCUCGCUAAGUUACGUCCAUCGCUCCCAGCCUCUGUGGAAGAAAAACCCUUUCAGCAACACCUGGUGGUGCCUCACUGUCCUUGUAGUUCUGUUGGGUCAGAUGGUACAGGCCACGGUGGACUACAAGCUGUGGCAGGACAGGUCGGGUUCUUUGACCUUUGGCCUGAAGGACAUCCCCAUGCUGGCCUGGCUGUUGGUCUCCCUGUCCUGCCUGGUGGUGGUGCUGCUCAACGAGGCCGUCAAACUACACGAGAUACGGGUGAGGGUUCGCUACCAGAAGAGACAGAAGCUACAGUUUGAGACUAAACUCGGGAUGAACUCUCCCUUCUGAUUGACAAUUAACAGAAGGGUGUGGCAAAGCAUGCUGUGAACCAAUCAGCCCUCGGGGAAAGAUGAGGCACCAGAAUCUGGAGGAGGUCGAAGUUGGCCCUAACCACUGACUCAGGGUCAGAUGGUUCUCAUCCCUCUGUUUGUUAGGAUUGGAGAAAGGGUUACCUGACUUUAGAUCUGUGUUUUAGGGGAACUUCUACCUUAAACCCAGAAUCAAACUCCUUGAGUGCCCAUUGACUUGAACCCAGGAUCACUCAACCCACCUCACCCCGAAAGCACUUUGCCUAGCAGGUCCUCCAAACCGCUACAUGUGCUGGGUGGUCGAACACUGCGAAAAUCCAAUCUUUUUGUAUUUUUUAGAUUUAAAUUAUAAUGUAUAAUUGUUAUGUUUAAAAAAAAAAAAAAAAAAAAAAAAAAAGAGGAAAAUCCCAAAGAAUGUUAUUUUCUUUUUUGCUUUUAAAAGAAAGACGGCUAAGAAAUGUGAAUAAUUUAUUAUCUAGUGGAAUGUUUUUUUUUAACGCAUGGGGAAGGUUUUACUGUAUCCCCUACUUGAGUUUAGGGAAGGGGUUAUUUUUCCUAGUCACUGGUCUCUGAUACUGGCUCACAUGGGGAUUAUCACACUUUAUCACACUUCAGCAUGUCUCCCCCUUUCACAUGAAUCCCAAUACCAUAGUAGAGUACAAUAGCCUUCACCUUGAAUGUAGUGUGUCAUUACAGCCACUUGCUGCUGUAUAUCUGAAUGCCAAGCAGUGCUGAAAGGAUAGGAGAGAUGUAUCUAGUAACAUGGCCCAGAUUCUGGUCUGGGACAAUGUCCUGAUCCUAAAUCCUAAAUCUGUCAAAUAGUUGGCAUUGAUAGACCUGAAAAGCCUGCCAUCAAGGUGGAGUCGAGUCCACAAUGUAGUGCUAAUAACCCUGUGGAUUCACUUCAAGCUGUUUCCGAAAGGUUCUGUUGACCAUACUAAGGAUCUCUGAACAAGGCUACUCUUUAUAGCCCAGACUUCUAGCCAUGAAAUCAACGUGGCAUGUUCUUAACCAGGAUCCAAGAAUAUCCCUUGCGAUUUUCCUUCCUAACAAAUGUUUCCUUUGUUUCAACCACACGAUCCGACUUCCGAGCUAAGCCAAGGGCAAUCCUGCUCUAAUGCAAUAAGUUAUGAAGAUUCAUUUAAUUUACUAUAAACAAGUAAAAGACGGAUCUGUCUCUUUCUAGGUAAAUUGUAUUUUGAAGAAUGUGCUAGCCUGCCACUUUGAAACUCAUGUACUGUAAAGAAAGGGAUUUGUUCAAUCACCAAUCAUCCUAGACAGGUUUGAUCCUUGUGUACAUCCUGUUUUCCCACCAGAGUUCUACUGAGGGACUGUGGUCUACUCAAGCUAAUAAGGUUUCGUCAGUGGUGUUCUAGAUUAGAAUAGCCUCGAGAGUUCUAGAGCAUCCCAGGGUAUUCUGAAGGUGCUUCAUGUCAUCCAGUUGUCUUUUUACUGGCCUGUGUGCUUGUUUCUGCAUUCGACAACAACAAUGUGCAAGCUGACUUAGUCCGCGAUUCAAUCCGAUCACGCUUGUAGACAAUGCUGCUUUCAAAGGCAAUGGUACCGCGUUCGUGGAGAUCCCAUUUUAAUGUUAAAGCUGCAGACCUCGGCUCAAUUGGAGUGCUGAAUGGUGCUUUCGGAUUGAAUCCUAAAAGCAGAAUUACUGAGGCCCGCCAGGCUACCUGUCUGUAGGGUGAUCAUAUCAGUAGACCCAUUUUAACUCUACAAAUGAUGACAAGCUACAGAUUGAUCAGCCACUGCUGUUCUAUUUUCAUUGUUGUUGUAUCUUAUUUUUUACAGCUUGACGUGUUGAUCCUCUUAUCCUUGUUUCCCAAAUGGCACCCCAUGCACUUCGGUCUGGACUUUUUCCCCCGGUUGUAUCACGAGGUCAGAAAACCAAAACUCCUGUGCCCCAGUCAAACUGUAUACGUUUGAUAAUGCGUGGUGCGCCCACACCUCUCGACUUCUCACCACGUGCUCUGGUAUUGGUUAACCCUCUCUGUUUUGAAUGUGGGCUACAAUGCUCAUGCGUUAUAUUGACAUGGGGUCGGAGCAGGGCCCAAGAUGGCAUAAAAACAUGGUGCCUACUUUGUUGUUGUUGAUUAACGCCUCAGGAUCAGGCCUCGCACCCUUGUGGUCUUCACAGGCUCCCUUUGGUUGGAGCGUACUUACUUUAAGUGACACUAUUUCACAGAAGAGUUGGUAGUUGCAUGGUCUGCUAGAUCUGUGUGUGAGGUAGAUAUCAUGUAAAAGCACUGGACUACUUGGAAAUCCUUAUUGAAUGAACACCGUAGCGAUCUUUAAAAGGGAGAACAGACUGAAGAUAUUGGUUUUUGUACAAUAGAAUGCAUCCACACACUGCACAUGAGUACAUUUCAAUCCAUCAUUUAAAAAAAAACAGGUAUUUCCCAUAUAUGUCUGGACACAUCUACUCAUUCAAGGGGUUUCUUUAUUUGUACUAUGUUCUACAUUGUAGAAUAAUAGUGAAAAACUUCAAACCUAUUAAAUAACACACAUGGAAUCAUGUAGUAACCAAAAAAGUGUUACAUAUCAAAAUAUGUUUUAUAUUUGAGAUUCUUCAAAGUAGCCAACCUUUUGCCUUGACAGCUUUGCACACUGUUGGUGUUCUCUCAACCAGCUUCAUGAGGAAUGCUUUUCCAACAGUCUUCAAGGAGUUCCCACAUAAUGAGCACUUGUUGGCUGCUUUUCCUUCACUCUGCGGUGCAACUCAUUUCUAACCAUCUCAAUUGGGGUUGGGGAAUUGUGGAGGCCAGGUCAUCUGAUGCAGCACUCCAUCACUCUUCUCCUUGGUAAAAUAGCCCUUACACAGCCUGGAGGUUUGUUGGGUCAUUGUCCUGUUGAAAAACAAAUUAUGGUCCCACUAAGCACAAACCAGAUGAGAUGGCAUAUCGCUGCAGACUUUUGUGGUAGCCAUGCUGGUUAAGUGUGCCUUCAAUUCUAAAUAAAUCACUGACAGUGGCAGCAGUAAAGCACAAUCACACCACCUCCGGCAGGUAGCCUAGUGGUUAGAGCGUUAGGCCAGUAACCGAAAGGUUGCUGGAUUGAAUCCCCAGGCUGACAAGGUAAAAAUCUACCCACAGUUCCCUGGGCACCGAAGACGCCAGCCCCCAACACCUCUCUGAUUCAGAGGGGUUGAAUUAAAUGCGGAAGACAUUUCAGUUGAAGGCAUCCCCUUUUCCCUUUCCUCCAUGCUUCACGGUGGGAACCACACAUGCGAAGGUCAUCUGUUCACCUACUCUGCGUCUCACAAAGACCAAAUAUCGCACAUUUGGACACAGACCAAAGGACAGAUUUCCAUCGGUGCAUUGUUCGUGUUUCUUGCCCCAAGCAAGUCUCUUCUUAUUGGUUUCCAUUAGUAGUGGUUUCUUUACAGCAUUUUGACCAUUGAAGGCCUGAUUCACACAGUCUCUGAGCAGUUGAUGUUGAGAUGUCUGUUACUUGACCCCCGUGAAGCAUUUAUUUGGGCUGCAAUCUGAGGUGCAGUUACCUCUAAUGAACUUAUCCUCUGCAGCAGAGGUAACUCUGGGUCUUCCUUUCCUCUGGCCGUCCUCAUGAGAGCCAGUUUCACCAUGGCGCUUUAUGGUUUUUGCGACUGCACUUGGAAGAAACUUUCAAAGUUCUUAAUCUUCCAGAUUGACUGACCUUCAUGUCUUUCAGUAAUGAUGGACUGUCAUCUCUCUUUGCUUAUUUGAGCCGUUCUUGCCAUAAUAUGGACUUGGUCUUUUACCAAAUAGGUAAAAAAUAGGUAAAUCUUCUGUAUACCAACCCUGCCAUGUCACAACACAACUGAUUGGCACAAACGCAUUAAGAUGGAAAGAAAUUCCACAAAUUAACAAGGCACACCUGUUAAUUGAAAUAGAUUCCAGGUGACUACCUCAUGAAGCUGGUUGAGAGAAUGUCAAGUGUGCAAAGCUGUCAAGGCAAAGGGUGGCUACUUUGAAGGAUCUAAAAUAUAUUUUGAUUGGUUUAACACUUUGGUUAAAACUUGAUCCCGUAUGACUUUGUCUUCUAUUAUUUUACAAUGUAAAAAAAAAAUAAAGCCCUUGAAUGAGUGUCCAAAAUUUGACUAGUUUUGUGUGUGUAUCUAAUAUAAAUAUAUAUUUAUCAUGUCAUUGCUUACAUGUAUGCAUAAAUAAGACCUUAUAGAUGCCAAGUCUUGGUCAUGGUAUGGUUUCAGUUUUUUUUAUGUUUUCAGUUUGAGUAUGCAAUGUGAACUCAGUGGCGCUUGGCCUGCAGGUGUUGUUUUUCACUACACAGAUCGACCUCGACACCUUCUUACCACUCUUCUACGACCCAGCUCCAAAUUGACCCCUAGAUAUGUGUAGAUCUGAAAGGACUGGAUCAGUGAAGGCAAUACGGGCUGUUGGUGGAUUGGGGUGGUGUUGAAGGUACAGGAUUGGGGUGGGUAAACAGCAGUUUUGGUGGAACAACCAAGGAUCUGGAACUUUGUCCAUAUUAAAAUGCGUAAAGCUGAACCUUGUGUCGAUUGACUUGAAAUGUGGGACUUUUGGUGAAUUGAUAAAUGUAUAUAUUUUUAAAGAUGUAUAAUUGUUUUUUUUUGUGCAAAAAUAUGUCAUAUGGUAAUGUCAUAUGGUAUUUUUAAAUAUUUAUUCCACCUAACUAUAUGUAUUCCACAAAUGAAAAGCAUCCAAUGGCCUCUGAGGUACAAAAGGGAUGUUCUUUGCAGAAUUAAGGCAGGCUGCUUGAGGCUUAGAGAAGGACAUGUUGAGUACGACUAUAGAAUGCACUUAUUAAAAUGUCAUUGAAUAACAAUAUAUGGGAGAGCAACAAUUUAAUUGAAUUCAAAACUAGAUAGACUAGUAUUCUGACCCUAUAAAUCAGAGCUAUGGCUUUUACAGUACCAUAGUACAGUCAAAGAUGAGCCUCUUCAUCUCUGAUACAGUACACAGAUUAGACAGAAAUUGGUUAACAGCGGAUCAGUAACCAAAAGGUCACAGACUAGGUGAAGAAUCUGUUGUGCCCUUGAGCAAGGCCCCUAACCCUAAUUGCUUCUGUAAGCUGCUCUGCGUCUGCUAAAAGACUCAUGUAAUCCUUAGUGGGGACCUGUCGUUCAGGGCAGGUGGGGCAGAGAUCCCACAUUUUUUUGCAAAAACAAUAUUGGACUUUGCCUGUUUUGAAUGUUAUUUUUUUUUUGCAUUAAUACGUGUCACAUCAAUUUACAAACAAUGUAUAAAAAAAAUAUUGAGUUAAUAAAGCCGCAUACAAACAUGA